AUGACCGUGACUCAAAUUAAAGGAACUGAUACAGUGACUAACUCAGUUAAUUGCAUCAGAUUAGAAGUUAGUAACCAUAUCAUUGGUGGAAAAUACGGAAACCCAGGGAGAGUUGUACAAAUAGAAAAGUCUCUUUUUAAAGGUCGAAAAUACAAUAGAGAAAUAAUUCUUCUUGUUUACUAUAUGUAA